ACCACUGUAGUUGGUGAUCAGAUCGACCGAAAAGGAAGAGUUGAGUGAAGUCAAAUCUCAUCCUUUUAGUUUAUUGCAACCGAUUCCUUGCCGUUGCCUUUCUACUCUGAUCAUAAGUUGUUCUUGAAAUCAUGGAUGUUGAAUUGGUAGGUGGUGCAUCCCUCUAUGCAUUCCUUCAAAUUGUUUUGGACAAGCUAGCUUCAACUGAGGUCGUCAAUUUGAUCCGUGGAGAGAAGAAGUUGCUUCAAAAGUUGAAGACCACUCUCAUAAAGGUUGGUGCUGUGCUUGAUGAUGCUGAGAAGAAACAGAUCGCUCAUGACCGCAGGGUCAAUAACUGGCUCAAUGAUAUCAAAAAUGCUGUCUAUGAAGUCGAUGAUUUGCUUGAUGAACUUUCUACCAAAGCUGUCACUCAAAAGCAGGUAAGCAACUGGUUUUCCCACUUUUUGAAUAAUAAGAAGAUGGCUAGUAAGUUAGAAGACAUAGUUGACAGAUUAGAGUAUCUUUUAGAACUCAAGGAGGAUCUUGGUCUGAAAGAGGUUGAAAUGGAGAUGAACGUGUAUUGGCAAGAUGAGAAAGCUCUACCAACAACAUCUCUAAAUGCAUGUCAUAUAUACGGUAGGGAUAAAGACAAGGAGGCCAUAAUAAAGUUGUUGUUGGAGGAUACUAGUGAUGGUAAAGAAGUGGCUGUGAUCCUUAUUGUGGGCGUGGGUGGAAUUGGAAAAACUACUUUGGCCCAAUCAGUGUACAAUGAUGACAACUUGUACAAUUGGUUUGAUUGUAGAGCAUGGGUUUAUGGUUCUAAAGAAUUUGAUAUUUUUAAGAUCACAAAAACUGUGAUGGAGAAUAUUACUGGAAAGCCUUGUGAAAUAAAUGAUCUAAAUUUACUUCGACUUGGUUUGAUGGAAAAGCUGGCAGGUAAAAGAUUCUUAAUUGUUUUGGACGAUGUCUGGACAGAGGAUUAUCUUAGUUGGAGUCUUCAUACAUAUCAACAUGGGGCUAGGGGAAGUAAAAUUCUUGUAACAGCACGCAAUGAGAAUAUAGCAACUAUAAUCGACACUGUUAAAGUUUAUCAUCUAGACGUAUUGUCAGAUGAAGAUUGUUGGUUUGUGUUUGCGGAACAUGCAUGGCUUUCCAUAGAAUCCAAUGAGCGCACAACAGCACUAGUAACAAUUGGCAGGGAGAUUGUAAAAAAGUGUAAUGGAUUGCCUUUGGCUGCGCAAUCACUUGGACGUAUAUUGAGAAGCAAACAUCACAUAGAGGAAUGGUAUAAUAUAUUAUUUAGUGAACUCUGGGACAUUCCUGAUAGUUUGAUUCCAGCAUUGGGAAUUAGUUAUCAUUAUCUAUCUCCACAGUUAAAGCGGUGCUUUGUUUAUUGUUCAUUGUAUCCUAUAGAUUAUGAAUUUUGGAAAGAGGAAUUAAUCUUGUUGUGGAUGGCUGAGGGCCUUUUAAAUCCCCAAAGAAAUGGAAAGACUUUAGAAGAAACUGGUGACGACUAUUUUGAUGAUUUGGUUUCGAGAUCAUUUUUUCAACCUUCAACAAGUUGGCCUCAACACAAAUGUUUUGUGAUGCACCAAUACAUGCAUAAUCUGGCAACAUUCCUUGGUGGAGAAUUCUAUUUCAGAUCAGAAGAACUUCAGAAAGUAAUCAAUAUUCGUGCCUACACUCGUCAUUUGUCAUUUACCAAAUUUGAUGAUAUAGUCUUGGACAAAGUAAAAUUUUUGAGAACUUUCUUGCCAAUCAAUUUUAAAGAUGCUCCAUUUGACAAUGAAAAUGCGCCAUGUAUCAUAAUGUCAAAGCUCAAGUACCUGAGAGUUUUAUCAUUUUGUGGCUUCCAAAGUUUAAAUGCUUUGCCUGGUGCAAUAGGUAAAUUGAUCCAUUUGCGUUAUCUAAAUCUCUCUUACACAUGUGUAGAAACACUGCCAGAGUCAGUGUGUAGUUUGUACAAUCUACAAACUUUGAAGUUGUCUAAUUGCAGAAAGUUGACUAUGUUGCCUAGUGGCAUGCAAAAUCUUGUAAACUUGCGUCAUCUUAGUAUUCAUUGUACUUCUAUAAAAGAGAUGCCUAGAGGAAUGGGAAAAUUAAACAAUUUACAGCAUUUAGAUUCCUUUAUUGUAGGCCAGCAUCAAGAGAAUGGGAUAAGAGAAUUGGGAGGACUUUUAAAUCUUCACGGUCCACUUUCUAUUAUCAACUUGGAAAAUGUUACCAAAAGUGAUGAAGCAUUAAAGGCUAGGAUAAUGGAUAAAAAGCACAUUAACAGUUUAUCCUUGGAAUGGUCUAAACGUCACAACAAUAGUCUUGACUUCCAAAUUGAAGUAGAUGUACUCUGCAAGUUACAACCUCACCAAGACCUGGUUUCCCUAUCAAUAAGUGGUUACAAAGGAACCAGAUUUCCAGAUUGGGUGGGAAAUUUUUCCUACUACAAUAUGACACAUCUAAGAUUAUGUAACUGUAACAACUGUCGCAUGCUUCCUUCACUUGGGCAACUGCCAUCUCUCAAGGACCUCUAUAUUUCAUGUUUGAAUUCGGUGAAGAUUAUUGGUGCAAGUUUAUACAAAACAGAAGAUUGUUCUUUUGUGAAACCUUUUUCCUCCCUUGAAUCUCUAACCAUUCAUAACAUGCCUUGUUGGGAGGCGUGGAUUUCCUUUGAUUUGGAUGCUUUUCCUCUACUUAAGGACCUUGAAAUAGAUCGUUGCCCCAAUCUAAGGGGAGGUUUGCCAAAUCACCUUCCUGCUCUGGAAUCGCUGACGAUUAAAGAUUGCAAGCUGCUUGUCUCUUCUCUUCCAAGGGCUCCCGCUCUCCGAAGAUUAAAGAUACGUGGAAGCAAGAAAGUAAGGCUGCAUGAGUUUCCUAUUUUGGUGGAAUCUUUAGAGGUAGAAGGAAGCCCAAUGGUGACGUCCAUGAUCGAGGCCAUCUCUAAUAUUAAACCAAGUUGUCUACAAUCUUUAACAUUGUCAGAUUGUUCAUCAGCCAUAUCAUUUUCAGGUGGUGGUUUACCUGCAUCGCUGAAGAGUCUAAAUAUUUGGGGUCUUAAGAAGUUGGAAUUCCCGACGCAACACAAACAUGAAUUGCUAGAAUCACUUGAAAUACAUGACAGUUGUGAUUCACUGAUAUCUCUUCCAUUGAUUAUCUUUCCAAAUCUCAAACGUUUGGUACUUGUGAAGUGUGAAAAUAUGGAAUCUCUCUUGGUUUCUCUGUCAGAGUCAUCUAACAAUCUGAGUUCUUUUGAGAUUCGUGACUGUCCCAACUUUGUUUCAUUCCCAAGAGAAGGAUUGCCUGCUCCCAAUUUGAUUCGUGUCACAGUUGACAAUUGCGACAAGUUGAAUUCAUUGCCUGAGCAGAUGAGUACUCUUCUCCCAAAGUUACAAUAUCUUCACAUAAACGACUGCUCGGAAAUUGAGUCGUUUCCUGAAGGGGGUAUGCCACCUAACUUGAGAUUAGUAUGGAUUGACAAUUGUAAGAAACUACUGAGAGGCAUUGCAUGGCCAUCCAUGCGCAUGCUUACCUCUCUCUACGUCCAGGGUCCAUGUUAUGGAAUCAAGUCCUUCCCAAAGGAGGGUUUGCUGCCUCCCUCUCUUACAUCUCUGCAUCUAUUUGACUUUUCGAGUCUGGAAACAUUGGACUGCGAGGGGCUUAUCCAUCUCACAUCCCUUCAAGAAUUAGAAAUUAAUAGUUGUCAAAAGCUGGAGAACAUGGCAGGAGAAAGGCUUCCUGCCUCUCUAAUAAAAUUAAGCAUACAUGAAUGCCCUAUACUGCAAGAACGAUGCCACAAGAAGCACAAAGAAAUUUGGCCUAAAAUUUCCCAUAUUCAUGGCAUUGUUGUUGGCAGUAGGAGUUAGUGACCGAGCAUGAUCACCAGACACCAGGGAAGCAGCACAUUAUCAUAGGCAAGAUAUGGGAUCAUCUAAAUUGAAUUGAGUGAAGAAUGUUACUUAUGGUCCUUUAGAUUCAAAGAAAUAACUACAGGAAAUUGUAAUAUACUGCUCUUGUGGGCAAGUCGUCACUUAUGUGGUACAAUAUUCAUUAUAUGGAGAGUGUCCCCAAGUCGUUUUGAUUCCAAACAAGAACCCAGGAAGUUUGAAGGAUGCGUGAUGGCUAAUGGGAUGGGGCCAGAAUCUCAUAUAUGGAAUGUCUCCGUCCUGCUUCAAUUGAGAAAUAGUUAAUCUGAUCUUCCAAGGAAAAAUAAGGAUUAAGCGAGGACAAGGUCUGAAGAUGACAGAGUCCUUUGGAUGAGAGGAGACGAGAACAAUGAAAAACUCAAUAGGAUAAGAUUGAUCCAUGGUAUUUCCUGGAGCAUAUAACACGGUCAACUCCCUGAGCUUACAAGCCUUAAGGCAUACUUGGCCAAUUGGGAUAGGGCUUUGUUCAAAUUGACAAGGAUGAUCCCAACCUACCCUGGUUACAUCUCCUAUCGGACCUGUCACUCAGGAAACUAUAAGUUACUAUGCUCUGGAGCCCCUAAUGUGUACAGGGAGUGAAUUCCAUAACAAUGUACUGUUUGCUCAACUCUUGACACCAAUGUUCAACGCGAGAUAAUUUAUUGGUUAUUUGCAAUUAUAGGCACGUCUUAUUAGAAUAAUAUUUAUUAGAAUCUGAUUUAUAGGCAUAUCAUCUAUAAUUAUUUGUAUUUAUAGCAAUCAACCUGUACAAAAUGGACUUUGUUGUGUAAUUUAGACACGAUAUUUCAGACUCUCGUGCCUUUUUUUUCUCCUUCAACAAUUAACUAUUCAAUUUCCCCAAUUCAGAAAGUGAAGCGAGAUAAUUUAUUAUUAAA